GUGCAUCACCUAAUUAAAGUAGUAGUCACUCAUUAUUGUUUCCCUUAGCCACACAAAAAUUCUCCAGAAAGAUGAGUCUGAAACAUGUUCUAGUUCUGCCAUUUCCAGCACAGGGGCAUGUGAACCCUUUAAUGCACUUAUCACACAAACUAGUUCAACAUGGCUGCAAAGUUACCUUUGUCAACACUGAGUUCAACCACAAGAGAGUUCUUACUGCAAUGAAUGGUAAGAUUACUCUUGAUGGUUCAGAAGUGGAAUUAGUCUCACUUGCUGAUGGGUUAGGACCUGAAGAUGAUAGAAGUGACAUCGCUGGUUUAAUUGCUUCAAUGGUGAGAACCAUGCCUAGUGAUCUUGGAAUGCUUAUAAGGGACAUUAAUUCCAGGGAUGAUGGGAGUAACAGAAUCACAAGCAUAGUUUGUGACACAUAUAUGGCAUGGGCUUUGGAAAUAGCACAAAAGCUUGCAAUCAAAGGUGCUAUCAUCAUCCCUUCAUCGUCAGCUAUGCUUGCCUUGGAAGACAACAUUCCAAAGCUUAUUGAGGAUGGAAUUAUGGAUAGUGAUGGAUUCCCCAUUAAAAAAGGGAAAUUUCAACUAUCUCCAAAAAUGCCUAAUAUGAAUAUAACUGAUAUGCCUUGGUCCUGCUUUAGUGAUGCAUCAUCACAAAAGACUGUAUUUCAUUACCUUGCAAGAUCAAUACAAUGGUCACAUUUAACUGAUUGGUGGCUUUCCAACACAACCAUAGAGCUAGAACCUGGUGCAUUAUCCUUAUGCCCAAAGAUCUUACCAAUUGGGCCAAUAAAAGAGUGUCACAAGUUUAGAUCAUUGGGCCAAUUCUGGCAAGAAGAUCAUUCUUGCUUGAGUUGGCUUGAUCAACAAGCACCAUGUUCUGUUAUAUAUGUUGCAUUUGGUAGUUUCACUAUUUUUGACCCAAACCAAUUCAAAGAACUUGCACUUGGGCUUGAACUUACUAAUAGGCCUUUUCUUUGGGUUGUGCGUGAAGAUUCUAAUGGUAGUGUUACAAAACACAAAUACCCUAAUGAAUUUCAAGGCACUAAGGGUAAAAUUGUCAAAUGGACACCCCAACAAAUGGUGUUAAAACACCCUUCUAUAGCUUGUUUUGUUAGUCAUUGUGGUUGGAAUUCUACUAUGGAUGGUGUGUCUAAUGGGGUACCUUUCUUGUGUUGGCCUUAUUUUGCUGAUCAAUUUGUAGACAAGGCAUAUAUUUGUGAUUUUUGGAAGGUGGGUUUGGGAUUUGAGGAGGAUGAGAAAGGGAUUAUAUCACGUUGGGAGAUAAAGAAGAAAGUGGAACAACUCUUGGGAGAUGAAGAGAUUAAGGGAAGGUCUAAGAAGAUGAAGGAUAUGAUUAUGAAUAACAUUGCAAAAGAUGGCAAGUCCACACAGAACUUCAACAAGUUUAUGAAGUGGCUCAAUGAAUGAUAAGAAUGUUCUUCUUGUAUUUGUUUGCAGAAACUUCUUGUGUUGGUUUCAUCUUUAAUAAAAUAAAAUGUACUAUUUUCUAUUUGGUGAAAACUCAGGUGGAGUCAACUUCACGUGAAGUUCAUAGUUGAGAGUCAUUAAAUUAUUUAAAUGAUUUGACUAAA